AUGCCGGAGAAAUCAGGGAAAGGAAGAAAGGAAGAAGUUGUUACCAGAGAGUACACCAUCAACCUUCACAAACGCUUGCAUGGAUGCACCUUCAAGAAGAAGGCUCCAAAGGCCAUUAAGGAAAUAAGGAAGUUUGCUCAGAAGGCCAUGGGGACAACUGAUGUUAGAGUUGAUGUGAAGCUAAACAAGCAUGUGUGGAGCCAUGGUAUUAGGAGUGUGCCAAGGAGAGUUCGUGUUCGCAUUGCACGGAAGAGGAAUGAUGAAGAAGAUGCUAAGGAAGAAUUUUACUCCCUGGUCACUGUUUCAGAGCUUCCUCCAGAGGGUUUCAAGGGGUUGGGCACUAAGGUCAUUGAUGACGAGGAAGAAUGA